AUGAAAGAGCGCAGUAGGAAGUAUGCUAAGAGCAGGCGUUUAGCUAAUGAUGUAGAGGAUGAAGGAAAUGAUGAUGAAGAGGAUGACGAGGAAGAUGGAGAAGCUGAUGUCCGUAGAGUGGGGAAGAAGCAUCCGAAGCAUGUAGGCCAAAAUGUUAGGCGGUAUCCUGAAGAUGAACAACAUGGGUUGAGGAAGAAACAUUUGAAGGUGAUUAGGAAGAGGCGUCGUGGGGAUACUGAUGACGAGGAAGAACAGGGGAAGCCUGUGAAGAAGAAGUUGUUGCUGAAGAAAAAGGUUGGUAAGAUUGUUGAUAAAGAGCGUAGAAAAGGAAAGUCUCCUCUUAAAGAUAAGGGAAUGACUAAGAGAGGCAAGAAUAGGAGAGUGUUUCUGCGGGUUCCAAUCCCCCAACAUCCAAUGUCUAGGGGUGAAUAUGCCAAGUGUCAUGAUGUUGUAGUUGCUACCCAAAGGGCUAAUUGCGAUCGCAAGCAACCGAGUGUUAUAUGCCGCACUGAUGCUUUCUCAAAGAUCAUUGCUGGAUUUGAUGACUCUAGAAGAGCCUGUGUGCAAAAAAUGGGGUUUGGAGGAUUGUUGGAGUUGAAAAUAUCCAAGCUUCCGAGGCAGCUUUGUUAUUGGCUGAUGACCAGAUUGGACGGAGUCAACAGUUAUCUGGUAGGUGGUGACGGGCAUGUGUUGCCGAUCACACCUGGCCAUUGGGAAGAUGUGUUUGGUUUGAGGAACAGCGGGCUUCCCGUCCCUGAAAAGGAUUCUGAUUUGCCGGCUGGAAAAGCUCUAGCGUAUGCAGUGAAGUAUGGUGAGAAAAACCCUGCAAACAACAAGACCACAGUACUGAUAUCCAACGCAACUCGCGUGUUGUUAGGUCCCUUGGACAAGCUCGGCAACUUAGUGCCGCUCGCAAAUCAACGUCAAAGGACUGAGUUCAUGGAGAACUUCAUGAUUGUGCUAAUGGGACAGAUUCUUUGUCCUUCUACUGAUGGUGCAAACAUGUCGACGAAACUGCUAGGUGCUGUAUGUGUUGCAAAGGACGCAGAUCAGUAUAACUGGUGUGAGUUUUGUCACAAAUGGCUGCUAGACUACGCGAUCACAUGCCAGCGGAAGCUAGAAGUUCAGGGUUAUGCGGCUGGGACUGGUGGUUGUGUUUUGUUUUUGUUGGUUUUUUAUCUAGAUCGUUUAUGUCGGCUUCCUGUCCGUUGGGACGAGUUCCCCAGACUAAAAGUCUGGACUGAGGAGGAAGUGGAGAAGGUGAAACUUCAUGAUAGGAAGCCUACUGAAGACUAUGGGAGGUUAUCGACGGUUGAUGUUGUUUACCGGGAGCCCCAUCCUCUAUUUGGAGAAAGAAGGCCGUUGGCAGAAGAGGUUGCUAAUCUGGACUGCUUAAUCCCCCAAAGUAUUAUUGUGAAGUCUUUUAAAGCAGAUGAAAGACUUAUGAGUGUCAUGGUGGUUAAGAAAUUUGGUACACCGGACUGUGUUAUGGAAAGGAUGGCCCCCUUACUGCAAGACCUCCGUGCCGUGAUACGAGAACAAGUAAUCAUACGCAGGCUGGGGGCAAAGGAAAGUGUUGCUGAAAAAGAUCCCUCCCCUGGUGUUGCUGAAAAAGAUCCCUCCCCUGCUAGCAGUUCCCAUCGCCAAAUCAGCGAUAAUGCUUAUAUUGACGUGGAUGGUGAGCCAAUGGCGGUGGAUAAGUCGGUCAACAAGGUCCUGAGUGAGUUAGAUGUCAUUGUACUGGAGGAGGAUGAAACAGACAAUGUGCAACACACAGUGGAACAACCAUUGGGAGGUGAAGAAAAUGUGUUUGUGAAUUACCAGUCCUUGCCUGUGGAGCAGCCCGUGUUUGAGUUUCUGCAUGUUCCAGUAGUGGUGGCCGUGCAGAAUGAGCCUAUGGAGGAGGCAGAGCAAGUGCAGCAGGGCCCCCCACAGCAAGUGGUUGAGCUAGUGCAGAAUGAGCCUAUGGAGGCAGAGCAACUGCAGAAGGGACCCCCACAGCAGGCCCCCCCACAGCAAGUGGUUGAGCUAGUGCAGCACUUGGAGGCCAUGCAGAAUGAGCCUAUGGAGGCACUGCCGCAACACGAGCCACAACAAGAGCCACGUCAUGAGCCUGUCCAGCAAGGUCAUACCGAGGGAGACCAAGGCGGACCACAAGAAGAAGGGCCAGUGGUGCCUGUUGUGCAGCAAGAGGCAGACCCCCAUGGCCCAAUAGAAGAGCCACCACAAAAUGAUUUUGUGGAGCCACAAAAUCAUGUUUUGGAGGACCCCGAAAACGAAGAUGAAGAAGAUGGCGAGGAAGGUGAUGAAGAAGAUGGCGAGGAAGAUGAUGAAGAAGAUGGCGAGGAAGGUGACGAAGAUGAAGAAGAUGUUGGUAAUACCGCGGAUCAAGAUAAACCUGGUGAUGAUGAUGAUGAGAACCAAGGAGCAAAUGGUGGUACAACGGGUGAAGCUGAAGGUGCAGAUAAUGCAGAGGGUCCAGGUGCCGAUGGGACCGAGAAUACAAGGGGUGGGGGUGAAGGUUUGGACCAUGGUGCUGUUCAUGGUUCCAAUCCUGAAGAUUUUGAUGGUGCUGAACCAGGUGGUGAUGGUCAGGUGAGAACAAGAAUAAAGGCAGCGAGGCCUAAACCUAGUCCCAAACCCCGCACUCCGACAAAGAGAUCCCGUAAGCCUAGUGAGAAGGCAAUAGCAAUGAGAACAACUCGUCAACGACUAGGUAUUAGAAUGACGAAGGCAGACAGUUCUAUUUUGAAGUACGUAGAGGCUUACGACACCAAAAAGAAAGCAGGAGGGGCUAUGUUGAUUGAAUGUGAUGGGAACGACGCAAACCAGCAGAUGUGUUACUCGGUUGUUCACCCCAGGUCCUAUGUGAAUUCCCAGUAUGUUCGUACAAUUGCAUAUCUCUACAACCGGGAGUGGGCUAGUGAAUUUCCAAAGAGUUGUCGCAGACUUAUGCUUGACUCUAUGUUUGCACAUCAAAAGCUAAAGACGAAAGAAACAUAUGCUGGGUUGUUGAAGAAGUGGUCGCAACCACUUAGGAAGGUGGUCUCCUCGGAUAUUUCUGUGGUUUUUGUUCCAGUUGUCGAAAACGAACACUGGUGGUGUGUUGCUUUUGCACUCAAAGACCAGAAGAUAUGGUUCAUUGACAGCAUGUAUAAAAAUCCCGCUGCAGAGCAUUCUGCGGAAUUAAAGAAAUUGAUACCUGCCGUUGACUACGUCUUACUGGAGACUGACAAGGAGUUUAACGCAUCCCCGACAUGGCAGACUAAGCAAAUGGGGAAAUGGCCCCUGGAUGUUGUUGGUUUUCCUGAUUAUAAUGACAAUCAUGCAUGCAGGGUUGUGAUGCUUAUGGCGAUCCGGGAGACUGCUAAUGCUUUCAAAAAGUCAAUGCAUGUGGGGGAGAUAGGCGCUGCCCGAAAGGCUCUGUUCUUGUCCCAUUUGAAUUCAGACUACAACUCUUGCCGUCCAUUGAUACCGGAGAUAAUUGCUACCCAUUGCCGUUGA